AUGUGCGUAACUUUAUCGAUGUGCAGUGCGGUCUACGUUGGACUUUUGACGUACUCGGUAUUUUUCACGGAUAUUCCAAUCGGAUUUGAUACGACGCAUCUGAGUCAUGCCUACGAUGUGAUGUCUGCGUAUCAGCGAUUAUUUUUUGGAUUGGCGCUAACCUUACGGAGUGAAAAGUUUGAUAUACUGAUGAGACGAAGAAAACGAAUUGUACGUGUGGUUGACCGUCAAGUCGCUUCCAGUUAUUACAAAGAUCUCAAAACGAUGUGGUCAUGA